AUGAGCGCACAAAAGUGUGUGGUAGAAGGCUGUAAUUUGGAGUAUGAUGUAGUCUGCAGUUUUUCAUUCUACAAUGUAAACACGUCGUCACAGGGAGAUGCCCAGAGGCAGGAAUGGAUCGAGGGGGCCAUGCAGGAGGAGAGCGAGUGUUUAUGGCGGCAUGUCAGCUUACAGCUCUGUGGGUAUCACUUUGAACUGGACGCACAAGGCCUCUGGAUUGACUCCCCCAUGCUGCCGGAACUACUCACUCCUCAAGAGCAGACAGCGCCCAUCACACAAUCAGCGAGUGACAAAAAAGCCGCCGACAUAAUACGAAUGGAGCACAACUACAGCGUGGAGCCGAUCAAGAAGGAGCCGGCCGAGAGCAUAUCCAGGCUGAAUGUCCGCCAACUAGUCGACACGCUGGGCUACCUGUCUUUGAAAAACCUCCAGCGGAAACAGCUGUGGGUGGUGAAAGUGGAGUCGGACAAAGCGGAGGCCUCCAUCACCCAGUCGGAGCAGGUGAUCACCAAAAUGCCGGAUCCCAAGCAGAUAAUUGAGAUCAUACCGCAGACGUCGACUGCGCAGGGCGCGGAGGGCCAGAGCGAGGUGCUGCACAUAAUGGACGAGUCGAACAUAGCGGAGAACUUCAUCUACGAGAUAGCCGAGGAGCAGGAGAUCAGCAUGGAGGAGGUGAAGGAGAUCCCGGUGGGGGACGGCACCGAGUGGACGGUGAACAUCAUACCGGAGCCGGGGCGGCCGAAGUACGCGUACAUAAAGCACUGCAACGGCGGCAAGAAGAAGCGCCACUUCACCGCGGAGAUGGACGAGCUCACGCUGCAGGGGGACUACGAGAACUACUACAUACUGCCCGACGUGGACCCGUCCGUAGGCGUCGAGAUCACGACCAGCUACGAGCCGGACGGCUACGUGGUGGGCGACUACGAGCACCUGGUGCUGGAGGAGAGGCCGCGCAAGAGGCAGCGCGAGGCGCAGGAGGCGAGGCGGAGGCGGAAGAGGCAGCCGCGCCCGCAGACGGAGGACUGGGCGAUCGACGCGGCCUACGACCACGACGCGAGCGACGACUUCGACGACAAGAAGGCCUCCGCCAGAGUGCGCCGGCGGAACAAGAAGUACUUAGGCUACGACUUCGUCACC